CGUUCUUCCCAGGUCCUUCCCCGGUUACCGGCCCGGCAGUCGCCAUGGCAACCCCGCCUAAACGGAGCCGGGCCGAGAACAGCAUCAAAAAGAUCGCCAUCGAAGGCAAUAUCGCUGCGGGGAAGUCUACCUUUGUGAAUAUUCUCAAACAAGCCAGAGAGGAAUGGGAAGUUGUUCCAGAGCCAGUAGCAAGAUGGUGCAACGUUCAGAAUUGCCAAGAUGAUUGUGAGGAGCUGACAUCCUCACAAAAGAGUGGUGGCAACUUACUCCAGAUGAUGUAUGAGAAGCCAGAGAGAUGGUCCUUCACUUUCCAGGCCUACGCCUGUCUGAGCAGAAUCCGGGCUCAACUCAAAUCUCUUGACGGGAAACUCAAAGAAGCUGAAAACCCUGUAGUCUUCUUUGAGAGAUCUGUUUACAGUGACAGAUACAUUUUUGCAUCUAAUUUAUACGAGUCUGACUGUAUGAACGAAACGGAGUGGACCAUUUACCAAGACUGGCACAACUGGAUGAAUCAGCAGUUUGGAUCAAGACUUGAAUUAGAUGGCAUUAUUUAUCUCCGAGCUACUCCUGAGAAAUGCUUGAAUAGGAUUUAUGUGCGUGGAAGGGAUGAAGAACAAGGCAUCCCCAUAGAAUAUCUGGAAAAGCUUCAUUAUAAACAUGAAAGCUGGCUCCAGCACAGGACGUUACGAACGGAUUUUGAAUAUCUGCAAGAGGUACCUAUUCUAACACUGGAUGUAAAUGAAGACUUCAAAGGCAAAAAAGACAGGCAUGAAAAUAUGAUUGAAAAGGUGAAAGAAUUUUUGAGCACGUUGUAGCCCUUCCAAAAAGCAUACUGAAUCUGAGCAUUCCCUGUUUUCACAUCACUUAAUUUGUAUCACCAAUUCAGCUUUCGCUUAAGGUCUCCGAGGACAAGGUCCAACUUGCUGCAUUGUUGAGUUUUGCAAUGGACUCGUUUUAUAAUAUUUAUCUUGUGUUAAGAUUUCUUAGGUGAACUGUUUGUUGAGAACGUAAGGUCAUCUUGUAUUACAAAACAGAGCUCAAGGGUUUCAGUGAAAUGCUUUGCAUUCUUUUCAUAGCAUCGUUGAAAUAGUUCAAGUAAAACCGUUGGCUUCUCUGGAACUGAUUUUGUAACUCUCGGGUGGUAUCUUGUGCCCCCUUCAUAUAACCCCAGUAGAUUGAAAUACUUGUAUAUUCCUAGUGCUGUGGACCAGGGAGGCAGUUCCUGGCACUAUGUCCAGUUCCUGCAUUUUGUCCAAAGCAGUCCAGUAACAUUUUUAAAAAUACUUUUGUAAAUAAGCAAAAACAAAAAAGCCGUUGUAGAUGGAUGUGUACUUGACCAGAAUUUUUUAAGGCAAUGUUUACCCAGUUUUCUAAGAUUUUGCUUUUGCCUGCUUUUUUACCAUAACAUACCUAUUGUUUGUAAGCAUUCACCUUUAUUUCUUCAAUGUGAUGAAAUAUUUUAAAUUAGCCGUACACUAUGGUUGCUCCUGAGCCAUGAUGGCUAUUCAGCUCACUGAGCUGAAAAUGUAGCCUAGACGUGCAGUCUGCUUUUUUUCCUUUACUGUAAAGCGAACGCGACAUACAGAAAAUGAUAGGUGCAAGAAUGUGCCAGAUAGGAUUCCCUACCAUUAUCCCAAAUGUUUUAAAUGAAAGAUUUCUUAUGGGGAGCCAUUUGAUGACUCCUGCAUUAUUAGAAGCUCCAGAAUUGUCCCUGAUUUGUUAAUUUGUUAAUUUGUUAAUUUCCAAUUGUCAUGAAAUCUGCUUUAGAUUGGUCCAGUAUGAAAUCUGGUGACACUGAACUUGUGAUGUGCAAAAUCGGCAGUCAAGAAAGAAAGUGGUAGUUGGGCCGAGAUUGUUUGGAGAACAAUUGUACAUGUAACACAUCCAUUCUCCUGCUCCUGGAUUUCUACCUUGCUUUAUUUAAUUUUAUUUAUCACUGAAUUUUUCUCUUAAGCCUAGAGUUGAUCUGAGGCUUUUUUUAAAAAAAAAAAUGUUCCCUUUCCUGUUGAGGCUGUUCGAGGCAAGGGGAUAAUGGGGAGGCUUGUUCUCAUACCAGUCUUUCACCUACUAAUUGUGGGGACAUCUUAAUUUUGCAUCCCCAUGAGAACCUCUGGAGUAACCAUGAGUUAAAUUACUCCUUUUACAACUGAUUUUUUAAAAAACUUACAAAGCACCACAUUGACCUGGUUUGUACAUAACACUUAACCCAUGGUUAAUCCACUGUUUGUUGCCCUACCCAGGGCUUGUUUGGGAGAUGAUCAAACAAGCCACAGUUCGUUUUUUCAGUCCCUGGGUUGGUUGGUUUCCUCCUUGUUCACUUGGUCCUGCCUGUAUCCAAAAUGCUUUUUCAGCAUUAUAAUAUUGGCAUAUAUAGUGGCUAGGUUUUUUAAAACACUCUUGCCCACCGCCUCUGUAGCCUAGUGAAACAACUCAAGAAAACCCAUGGUUCUGGAUUCGCAUGCAAUGCCAACCAUGAUUUAAACAACCCAGAGUUUAUAAUCCAACUACAAACCAUGGGCUCUCUUUCUGUAUUCUACAUGGUUAACAAACCAUGGUUUGUUAGCACAGCUGGGUUCCCACCUCACAACAGAAUUCAACAACUCAUGGGUUAAAUAAGCCAUAGGUUAGUGUUAUGAAUGAAUCAAAUCAAUGUGUGGUUUUCUUUGAAUAGAUAAUAUACUUUAUUGUGGUGUCUUAUUUGUCUAGAUAUAGUAGGCCUCGUCAAAACCUUUAGCAUCCAAAGAUUCUAUGAUGUUAGUGCUGAUCAUGUUGGCUUUUGUUGUGAUUUUGUUGGCUGAAAUAAAUAUAGAAGUGUCUGCACCGUUUCAGUCAUUUGUCACAAUCCU